GCACGUAAAACGCCAAUUCCCCCCGCUCAUCAGGCUGCCAGAAGUCGAAACCGGCCCUUAGCAGUGCAUCCCGCCCCAGCCCCUAUGCGGCCUUUUCUUCGUGCGCCGCUGGGGCGCAAAAAAAAAAUUGCAAAGUCUACCUACUACGCUCGUCCAAUCCGGCAAAGACUCGGAUGACGGCGGAUACGCCCGCCGAGGCCCAGCCAGCCAAAUGCUAACUCCGGCUCUUGUCAUGCUCCUCGGUACGCAUGUUCUUUCCAUACCAAGGCUUCUCGUCCGGGGCAGGUCCCCCUCUAGUAGCCAUGGACCCUUUUCCGCCGCUACUCCUCGAACCUCGACUCUUUUUCCCGCUCCAUGUCGAUGAGGGGCACAUUUCCACCACCCCACCAUCUCGCAUACUACCAGAUACUUCGUCCUUGACGACGCACGUUUCGUUACACUGCGGCAACCAAGGCACCGCCCUACCCUGCCCCGCGAGAUGACCCCCUCGGCAAUCAACGGGCACGCGACCAACGGGGCCAAUGGUGCCAAUGGGUCUGGUCCUCACCUGCGCAGGGCUGAAGAGCUCGACGAUCUCAUUGGCUCAGUGAGACAACUACUUGUUCCUUUUGUUCAAGCCGCCGACGAUGCCGCCGUCGACCGUGCGUCGGGUGACCUCCCCGUUGACGCCACUGGCCGGCCCCAGAAUGUCCUCGUAGACACGCACGAGCCCGCCGAGCUGGCAGCCAAACUCAAGUUUAUCCUGCCAGAGGAGGGACAGGGCAAGGACGGCCUGCUCGCCGGCAUUGAAAAAGUGCUCCGGUACAGCGUCAACACCUGGGACCAGGGCUUUCUGGACAAGCUGUACGCCAGCAACACACCUGUGGGCGUAAUUUCAGACCUCGUACUGUCCAUCUUGAACACCAACCUGCACGUCUACCAAGUCUCACCAGCUUUAACCGUGAUCGAGAAGACGACGGGCCGCGCCCUUGCCAACCGCUUCGGAUUUACGGGUCCCCUUGCCGGCGGCAUCACCUGUCAGGGCGGCAGCUCCUCCAACCUCACCUCCCUAGUCGUCGCACGCAACGCCCUGUACCCGCACACCAAAGCCGCUGGGACUCGUGGACAUGAUUUUGUCGUCUUUACUAGCGCCCAUGGCCACUACUCGGUCGAGAAGAGCGCCAUGAUCUGCGGCCUCGGCGAGUCGAGCGUGUGCAAGGUGCCCGUCGACGACACGGGUGCCAUGCGCGCCGACAAGCUGCGCGAGUUGGUUGCACUCGCCAAAGAGCAGGGCAAGACGCCACUCUAUGUCAAUGCAACCGCAGGCUCCACGGUGAGAGGCUCGUAUGACCCGUUCGAGGACAUCUCCAGAAUCUGCAAGGAGUUUGGCAUGUGGAUGCACAUCGAUGCUAGUUGGGGUGGACCGGUCGUCUUUUCCACGCAGCAGAGGUGGAAGCUCAGAGGCUCUCACCUAGCCGACUCCCUUACUGUCAACCCGCAUAAGAUGAUGAACGCACCCACAACGUGUUCCUUUCUCCUCGGUCCAGACAUGACCGUUUUCAACAAGGCCAACAGCACUACCGCCGGCUACCUCUUCCAUGGGGGCGGCGACGAGGAGAUAUGGGACCUGGCGGACCUGACGCUCCAGUGCGGCCGGCGGGGCGAUAGUCUCAAGGUUGCGCUCGCUUGGCUGUACUAUGGUGCGAGUGGGUUUGAGCGGCACAUCGACCAUGCUUUCGAUAUGGCGUCGUACCUCUACGAGCUGCUCCAGCAGACGGGCGACUUCGUCAUGCUGUCGAGCAACCCGCCACCAUGCUUGCAAGUCUGCUUCUACCACGCCUCCGGUGGAAAGCUGGCAAACGACGCCACCACCAACACGCAGCGGACGCAGACGAUUGUCGAAAGACUGAUCCAGCGCGGGUUCAUGGUGGACUACGCUCCCGGAGACAAGGGCAGCUUUCUGCGAGUAGUGGUCAAUGUGCAGACGCUCCCGACGACUGUUAAGGGGCUGGCCAAGGCCAUACAUGAAGUUGCAAAGCAAGUGUAAACAUAGAUAUAGAUCACAGUAGAGCCACGAACCGUCAGGAUACGCAUAGAUGAUAUCAAUUAGAUGUUAAAGACAUUUGCCAC